CCGGGAGCUGCCAGUGACGUGACUCGCAUUAUCUAACGUGACACAUAAAUAGCAUAGUGAACGUGACAACCGCUUUCUGUGCAAUACCGCCGUGCUACGUAUCUACGACGUGACAGUAUCGGUCGUUGCGUGACACCUCGCUCCGGUCGCUAUAGAUACAGCGGGACAGCUCGCCACUGAGCGGGACGGCAUGCAUUUUUACGCGACAUAGCGUGCCACUAAAGUGUAGGCCUACACACGUAUAGAUCUUGGGUGACAAACUGUACCGCUUGCUUCGUAUAAGUACCGAAGGAAUAAGGGCGAGUUUUGCGUGAAAUAAGAGGUUGCUAUGCAUUCAACACGUAGCUGGGGCGAGCUAAGCGGGUCGUGUGAUGUGACAAUUUAAAGUGCGUGUUUCACGUGACAGCCCACUUCACAGCCACAACUUAGCUUGGCGACUGGUUAUGCAUGUGCUCGUAAUGCACAAAUUGGUCACAGCGCUUUAGUAACGUUUUCUGCAAAUUAUUCAUCGGAGAUUCCGCGUGGAUACUCUCAAGUGUAGGACAUAGGGGUGGAAUUCGCUUGGCACGUUGAGAUCCGCAUUCAACACGUGGUUUGGUUCACCGCUUCACUCGUGGAACACUCUGCUUUGCUCAUACAAUGGUGAACACAAGUUGCGCCGUGUUUCAAUGCAACUCAUCAUCCCAUAGACACAAGGGCCUGAGAUUUCACCAGUUCCCGCGAGAUGAAAGGACGCACCUCUGGGUGCUGGCGUGCAAGCGACCCGACCUGAUCGGCAAAGACAUUGACCAGCUCAAAAACAUGCACGUCUGCAGCUUGCACUUCGAGCAUCGCAUGUACGGCAAACUACUGCUCAAGAAGUCUGCAGUGCCAACCCUGAACCUUCCUGCGUUGGCCACUAGAACCGUCUCUACGCAAACUGACAAUCCUGAUGCUCAUAUGGCUUUACACAUCCUGACCAGCCAGGGCGUGCAAACGGAUGAAAUAAUCGAUCGCAGGAACAAUUAUUUUGGCAAAGAAGCGCAAGGGAUGACGGUCAACCAGUUCGUGAAGGCCUGUGAUGUGUUCCUGCCGCGCAGCUUGGGCGCCUUCGUCAAGUCUCACAUUUAUUUGUCGGAACAGAAACACGGUUAAUUGUUUGAAAAUGUUUAUUAUUUAGGAUCAAAA